CUUGGCACUCCGCCUUUGGCCACAAGUGCAUGAAGCGAACUGACGAACGUAUUAAGGUAUAAAUCGGUUGGAAAUUGAAAAUCAGAGCUGUGUCUAUAUCUUUUUCAUGUGUCUAUAGUCUGUCUCAGUCAGUCCCAGAAAACUGUUAUUAACCGGUUCAUUAGAUAGACCUUAUAACAUAGGAAUUGAAAAAUAAUGGGAUCAAAUAUUGAAAUUAUCAUUUCGGAUUAUUAAUAUGCAAUAAACAUAAGUGAAAGUUAAUAUUAUAAAGGAUUUUCAAAUUAAAAAAAAAAUAUAUAAAUUACAAAAUCUAUUCAUCUUUGUUCGUUCUUAAUAGCUCUUUGAUAGGUAAACACAACCUUAUUCCAUCAAAGCCUUAAAGUGAUAAUGGGAAUCAAAACACAACCGGUGGAUAUUUAUGAAUAUUCUAGUAAAGACAAUUUCCAAGCCUAUAUUGCUGUUCAUAGGAAGCCAUUAAUUAUAAGGAAUUUCGAUAUUGGUGAAUGCUUGCAAAUAUGGUCAACGGAUUACCUAAUCGAGAAAUUAGGGAAAAUGGAUGUGAAGGUCCAUAUUUCCCCUGUUGGCCGAAUGAAUUUUUUGCACAAAAAUUUUACAUAUAAAACUAUGCCCUUUGAGGAAUUUUUAUCUAGAACUUCAGGAAACAACCGUAAGAAACCUGAUAAAAGUGGGUUAAGACCAAUUUUGUGUGAUAAUGAAGUUUUGUAUUUAAGAGCUAUUGGCUUUGAUAGAAGAGGAAGAAAUGUUGCGAACUUUAAACAUGAUUUUCCACAGGUAGCUAAUGAUUUAAAUUACCCAGACAUGUUUGAUGAAAAUAAGUUUUUCUCUAGUGUUUUACGAAUUGCAUCACCAGGAGUACAAAUAUGGACUCAUUAUGAUGUCAUGGAUAAUAUUUUAAUUCAAGUCUCUGGAACAAAACGUGUUGUGUUAUUUAAUCCUAAUGAUGCACCUUAUAUGUAUUUAAAUGGUGACAAAUCUGAGGUUAUGAACAUAGAUAACCCUGACGCUACUCUUUAUCCUGAUUUUUACAGGGCUGUUCAGCAUUUAUGUGAACUGCAGCCUGGAGAUAUACUUUAUAUUCCUGCAUUUUGGUUUCAUAAUGUUUUAUGCAACACUUUUUCAAUUGGUGUCAAUGUGUUUUGGAAACAUCUAGACAAUGAAAUGUAUGACAAACAUGAUGUUUAUGGGAAUAAAGACAUCAUACCAGCAGCAAAGGCCUUGGACCACAUAGGCAAAGCAAGAAAUUUAUUGAAAACUGUUCCAAAGGAAUGUAGAUUUUUUUACUUGCACCGUUGUAUUGCGGAUUUAAAGAAGGCAAUUGAUGAAACUUUGAAUGUAGAAACUGUUCAAGUUUCAAUGCUUUCUGAAGAAAUUGCUAAAAACUCAAGUAUGCUUGCAGAAACUGCCAUUUCUUUAAUUAAUUAUGAAGAAGCUGUCCAGACUUCAAGUUCGUGCAAAGAAACACCUAAAGCUAAAGAUUGUGAAGAAGAAACUGUUCCUAGAUCAGAUUUUAAUCUAGAAAAAUCUGUGACUUUAAAUGGGACAGAAAACAAUGCUAAUACUUCUAAUUCUUAUCAAGAAACAUUUGGGAUUGUAAAUAAUAAAAAUGGAACUUCUGAUAAUUUAAAUUUUUAUUUAGAAAAAAAAAAUGCUGUUGACUGUAAAGAACCAAUUGCUAGUACUUCAAAAAAUCAUGACAAUAUUUAUUUAAAAGGUGAUGAAGAAAAUAUUCAAGAAUAAGCUGUCAAAGAAAAAAUAAUAAAUUAUGUAUAUUUUUUAUAAUUAUUCAUACUUUUAUUCUUUUUUUUCUUUGCUACUGUGACCUAAUAUAAUGCAUUAUUGCG